AUGAUUGGGCAAAGGCCCACAAUAAAACAUUCCCGUAAAACUUAUCGCGCAAGAAAACAGAGUGCAUUCUGGACCCUCACUCGACCGGUCGAGCGAAAUGGCCUUGGUCAAGCGGUUUGUAUUCCAGUCGAGCAGCAGAUCAGAAUGCUCACUGAUCUGGUCGAGCCAACUGGCUCGGUCGAGCAUGCCACAUAUACAAGAAGUGAAGGGAAUAACGAUCCAGUGUUUUUGGGAUGGAAAUGUGAUUAUUCCAAGGGUAACUAUACAGAAAAUAGUCCUUACCAUAUAAAUCUGUUAAAUGCAUUCUCUAAUCUUACCUACUAUUCCUCUUCCAAUACUUUCGCCGAUUACAUUGCAAGCACAGAUGAAGAUGAUAAUACCGACAAAGUGUACGCCUUAUAUGAUUGUCGGAAAGACCUUACACUUAGGACAUGCCAUCAUUGUGUUGCGGAUGCCACCAUUUACCUCUUGCAGCGUUGCCCCUCGCUAGAGGCCAUUGCCACAUAUGAGGAAUGCAUGUUACGAUACGCGAACCGUCCGAUUCUCUCGAUGUUGGAGCAAACACCCCAUUACACCGAUUGCGAGAUUAGCAUUCCCGACGAAGGCGAGUUAACUCGAAUAAUAAACCCAAUCUUCAAAAACUUAAUAGGCGAAGCCAUAUCAAAUAACUCAACAUCAUCAAAAUAUUUUGCAGCAAAAAAAGAAGAUUAUUUUGAGUAUCAAAAAGUAUAUUGUUUGGUGCAAUGUACACCUGAUAUUACACAACAAGAAUGCGAGGAUUGUUUGACUGAAGCCAUGAAUGCUACGCUUGAAUGUGCGAGUGGUAGCCGAAUGAUAAGCUAUUAUAAUGUGCCCAGCUGCCAAAUUAGAUAUGAUGUUGUUCGGCAUUUCUUUAAUGUGUCUUCUAAUAAUACCCUUUCACCUAUGGCUUCUCCGCCUAAUAAUUUAUCUACCAUUACUGCUAUUAAUGAUGCUUAUCAACUUCUUUCUUUUAAUUUUUUUGUUUCUUUGAAGAUUUUAUUUUGUGUAUUAAUACUGCUUAUAGAAUAA